ACUUAUGAAAUUGAUUGGAUUGGUUUGGAAUGUUCGAAUUUUUCAAAAUUCAAAUAAAUAAUUUGAUUACAGGGUAGAUAAAAAUUAAAAUCUAUUUUGUUUUUGUGUGAUUGUCUAUUUGAAUAUUUUGAUUUUGUGUAAUUCAAUACAACGUGUUAGAAAAGUAAAUAAUUGCUAAUAAUGGCUCAACGAGAGCGUCGCUCUAAUGCUGGAAAUCGUAUGGCAAAGUUGUUAGAUGAAGAGGAAGAAGAUGAUUUCUAUAAAACAACUUACGGCGGCUUUCAAGAAGCAGACGAAGAUAAUGAUUAUGUGCAACAAAGGGAGGCUGAUGAUGUUGUAGAUUCAGAUUUUGACAUAGACGAGAAUGAUGAACCCAAUUCAGACCCAGAAGAUGAAGUCAAAGAGAAAAAGGAGAAAAAAUUUGGUGGUAAAGUGUAUAAGGACCCUAAUAGAAAGAAAAAAUCUGAAAAGAUAAAGAAAAGUAUUACUAAAAAACCUAAAGAACCAAAACCCAAGGAAGAAGAUGAGGAUAAGACUGAAAAACCUGACAAAUCAUUUAUAGAUACAUCAAUAGAAAGAAAAUCAAUAAGGCAGAGCACAGCUGUAAAAUCUGCAGAAACUCUACAGAGAAUCAAAAUCAGAUCAGAAUUAAAGAAGAAAAAGCCAAAGAAAGUUCAAGAGAGACCUUUAACACAAGAAGAAUUGUUAGAGGAAGCACUUAUCACAGAAAAAGAGAAUCUCAAGAGUUUAGAGAAAUUUGAACAGAAUGAAUUAGAAAAGAAAAAAGUGCGACCAACAAAGAAAACUAUUACUGGACCAAUAAUUAGAUAUCAUUCAUUUGCUGUUCCAAUAGUAUCAGAGGCAACACCUGAAGACAAGCCUAGUGAAAUGUCUACCUCUGACAUUAAUCUUAGUGAUAUCAUGAAAAGCGAGGAUGGUUUAUUGACGCCAAGCGAUUUAAUUGAGGAAAAUACACCAAUAGUGAACCAGAAUGAACCAAAGCCUGAACCAGAAGAGCCUCAGCAGGAUGCUACAGAUAAUAAAGACAAUAUAGACGUAGAGGUGGUCGGGCCUGAUGAGGAGAUCACUAUUGAAGAUGUCCCUAUGAAAGAAGAGAAGGCGCCCAAACCCAAAGUGAACACGCAAUACUAUGAACGGACAUUGCUGUCGUUUGAGAAUGAUAUCAAAAAUAAGGCUUUCAACGCUUGCUUUCCGCAGAAGAAACCGAAACGACGACGCGAAAUGUUGUGCGCUGUUACUAAGAGACCAGCGCGUUACAUAGAUCCAAUAACCAAACUACCGUACCGAAGCGUCGACGCGUUCAGGAUCAUCCGCGAAGCGUACUGCCAGCAGUUGGAAGCGCGGGGCGAUCGGAACGAUCCGGCCCUGGCCGCUUGGUUGAAGGCCCGACGAGCACACGCCGCUUCGUCUUACGUACAGAUACAUAUAAAAUAAUUCACCUACGUAUUGUUAUGUGUAAUAGUUAAUUUUUUUUUACAAACUGUAUAUUUUGUUUAAAUCAAUUCACAAAAAAAAAUCUACUCAAUGAUCUGCCUAACGUAUUGAUAAUUAGGUUAAACAUACGCUUUUCUAUAUAAUUGUCAAUUUGUAGGGUAAGGCUACUAUGGACUCAUAUGGAGAUAAAUAAAUAGACAGAUAGAUAGGGUCCAUCGCAUUCAUUCAUUCAUUCAUUCAGUCCAUAAAUAAGAGAACAACUUCGGUGAUAAAAAGAUACUCCGUAAUAGUACAUUAUGAUAUAAGUGCGGUAAGUUGAAAAUUACAGCCGAGGCGACAUUGCAGCUCGUGCCAAAGACGUUUUAUAACACUUUUGCGAGUAAACACACUUUGAACACACUUUCUGAAAACGAAUUUGCAUCUUUGUCUGUUUUCCUUAUGAUGAUGAUACUUGAUGAUGCUUGUCAUUUUUGCACAGAUAGUAGAAGUGCGCUCACCAGCGUUUGUUUUUUUUUUGAACAAAUGCAAAACAGCCAGUUUUACUAAUAAAGUAAAUUAAUAUUUUUGUGUUUCUGAUACAAUAAAUGGUAGACAUUUAUUCUCAAAAUUAUUAAAAUUAAAGAAAAAGUGG